CCCCGGGAGGGAGGGGAGGAAGGUUAGGGACGCAGAGAGGGAGAGCUCUAGCUGGGGAGAAACGCGGGGCCAGGCUCUAGCAGGGUCUGGGGCCGUGGCUGGGGUAGAGAGGCGCGUCAGUGCUCUCCAAGAACCAGAGCGCAAACCUCCACGGAGGUCGCGUCCGGUGGGCGCCACCCGCAGCGCAGAGCCCGGGACGUCCAGAGAGCGGAGAGUAGUCCCCUGCUCCGGCCGGGAGCGAUCCGUCUGGGUAGCCGGGGACCUAGGCGCCGCCAUCCUUGAGAAGGCAGCUGUCCGGAAAGCAGGCAUCCUAGAUCUGUAAGAAACCAGCCGUCCGAGAAGCCGCUGAUUUCAGGCGCCCGGGGACGUUAGGCUGCACAGGAGGGUAAUAGAGGACCGCGGGUUUUGAACCGUCGGGAGGCCCCUGGCCCAACUUACGGGGCGGGUGGGGGGGGGAACCUCCGCCUUGACGGAAGGUUUGGGGAACGGCACCGCUGAGGCGGGAGCCCGCAGGGGCGGGGGGGCCGGGCGCAGCCGUCGGGGGGGUCCCGACCCAAGCGCGAGCCCGGCCACCGCCUCCGGGGCCCGCGGAGAGCCCCGGGCCUCCGCCGCCAUUGCGCCAAAGAGUGAGGAGGAUCUGCUGGCCCUGGCCGCGUCGCGGCUGAGCCGCCGCAAGCGGGUGGCGGGCGCGGCCGUCGGGGUGGCCAUGGUGCUGCUGCUGCUGGUGGCCAUUCCGCUGCUGGUGCACAGCUCCCGCGGGCCGGCGCACUAUGAGAUGCUGGGUCGCUGCCGCAUGGUGUGCGACCCACACGGGCCUCGAGGCCCUGGACCCGACGGCGCGCCCUCCUCCGUGCCCCCCUUCCCUCCCGGCGCCAAGGGAGAGGUGGGCAGGCGCGGGAAGGCAGGUCUGCGAGGGCCACCGGGACCCCCAGGUCCCAGAGGGCCUCCAGGAGAGCCGGGCAGGCCAGGUCCACCAGGUCCUCCCGGCCCAGGCCCUGGCGGGGUGGCGCCCCCUGCCGGCUACGUGCCUCGCAUUGCCUUCUACGCGGGUCUGCGGCGGCCACACGAAGGUUAUGAGGUGCUGCGCUUCGACGACGUGGUGACCAACGUGGGAAACGCUUACGAGGCGGCCAGCGGCAAGUUCACCUGCCCCAUGCCAGGUGUCUACUUCUUCGCUUACCAUGUGCUCAUGCGCGGCGGUGACGGCACCAGCAUGUGGGCCGACCUGAUGAAGAAUGGACAGGUCCGGGCCAGCGCCAUUGCUCAGGACGCGGACCAGAACUACGACUACGCCAGCAACAGCGUCAUCCUGCACCUGGAUGUGGGCGAUGAAGUCUUCAUCAAGCUGGACGGCGGGAAGGUGCACGGCGGUAACACCAACAAGUACAGCACCUUCUCUGGCUUCAUCAUCUACCCGGAUUGAGCAGGGCCCCAUCCCCCGCGCCCCCGCUCGCCCUUCGCCUCCGCUCCCCUCCUCACCCACCUUCAGCCGGUCCCACCCAAGGCGCCAUCCUAACCUUCGAGAGCCUGGCGGUGGGGCAGACCCUCCCGCUCCCGGAGGCGGCCGUGCUGGGUGGACUCUUGGCGCUCCGGGGACGCUCCGAGGUCUAAGUGGCCGGGGAGAGGAGGAAGCCGGGCUAAGGAGGAGCAGAGCGGCUCGGGAAGGGACCGCCGGCUUCGGAGUGCGCGCCUGUCAAAGCUGAACCGAGAGGGGCGGAGGUCGGGCCCUCUCUUCUGCUAGGAGCUGGGGAACAGCUUCACCACCCGGAGCUGCAAGCAGAAAGGAAGCCCCGGCAUUUGGUGGUGGUGGUGUGUGUGCGGGGAUGGAGAGCAGAAACAGGAGCCCAUCUAGGUGGGAGGACAGGAAACGUUUGGAGGGGUCAGGCUCGUCCUCUGUCACAACUUUCUCUCCUUCCCUCAUCCCCAUUUUCAGGCUCCAGGCACCGGCCUUGGCAGCCUUCCUGUGAACUGGAGGAAGGAGUGAAUUCUUUCCUAGCAUUUAAAACUCAUUCUGUACAGUCCCCAUUUCACCCCCAUUCCACCUAGGCCCUGGGGCUACAGCUGCUGUUGCCUCUUCCAAUAAAGCAAAGUUGGAGAAUG